AGGAAGUGGACAGAGCUCGGCUAGCUGUUAGCACGGUAGCUUAACGGAAAAAGCGAGCGUCAACGGCAACAGGGCGACACAGACCGUUGUACGGAAUCGCCUCUGUUACACAAAGGGAGAUACACGUCGACAGUGGCAGUGUUUAUUUUGAUAAGCAGAGUUAGCUGCGAGGCUAGCUGUCUGAGAUAAUUUAGCUGUCGACGCUUGAAACGUGUUUUGUUAACGGCAGACAUUUAUAGGAGCUGUUAGCCUGUUAGCUAGCCUGCGCGUUAGCUAACGCUCCCAACCAAGACAGAGGAAAAGUCCACUUUUGAGAUUUUUUACCACAGGAUCAUCGCCCAGCUGUGGCACAAUGACGUCAAGGAAGAAAGUACUACUCAAAGUUAUCAUCCUUGGAGACUCUGGAGUUGGGAAGACCUCAUUGAUGAACCAGUAUGUGAAUAAGAAGUUCAGUAACCAGUACAAAGCCACAAUAGGCGCAGAUUUCCUGACAAAAGAAGUCAUGGUUGAUGACAGACUUGUCACAAUGCAGAUUUGGGACACAGCAGGUCAGGAGAGAUUCCAGUCCUUAGGUGUUGCGUUCUAUCGUGGAGCCGACUGCUGCGUCCUGGUGUUUGAUGUGACAGCACCCAACACCUUCAAGACUCUAGACAGCUGGAGGGACGAGUUCUUGAUCCAGGCCAGUCCUCGAGACCCUGAGAAUUUCCCCUUUGUGGUGCUGGGCAACAAGAUUGACUUGGAGAACAGACAGGUAACAACCAAGCGAGCACAGGCUUGGUGUCAGAGCAAGAACAACAUCCCAUAUUUCGAAACCAGCGCCAAGGAGGCAAUCAAUGUGGAGCAGGCCUUCCAGACUAUUGCACGCAACGCUCUUAAACAGGAGACUGAAGUGGAGUUGUACAACGAGUUCCCUGAGCCGAUAAAACUGGACAGGAACGAGCGAGCCAAGCCGUCAGCAGAGACCUGCAGCUGCUGAGGACUCUGAGGAUCAUCCGGGGGGAACGGGGGGUGGGGGGGACACAAUCCUGUCUUGCCUUGUCUAUAUAUCCCUAAAACCCCUUUCCCAUGGCCCACUGUGUUAAUCCCUGAUGCCCAAUAAACAAGCAGCACCCCACUCAUAGAGUAUACUACUACACACACAAACAUGCUGCGCUCACCUCUUUAUGUAUACAAAACACACACAUUUUCUAUAAAAUAUGAGUCUGCUAGCCCAAAGAACACCUGAAGGAAACAUGGCAUUUACUUGUAUGAUGCUUAUUACUUCCCAGUGUUUCUCCAUGUACUUUUUCAUAGCGGUGGUGGUUUGGGCUUAUCUCAUUUUCGGUUUCAUGUAUAAUCACUGCUUUCACACCCAGUUUUGCUUUUAUUUGGAUACUUUCAGUGGUAAAUCAAAGCAUUAUCUCUAUACAUGUUUGUGUUUGAGUAAAGUUGGACAAACUUCUUUUUUUUUUUUAAAUCAGUUUCUUAAGCAGUGGUGGUUGUUUUCUUUCUGUCACAGCCCGCCACUGCUGCAUGAAAAGAGGAAACACUGCUCCCCCAUUUUACUACUUUGUGUUGAGCUUAAAUUUGUUUCACAGUUAAAAACACUUGUACCCUGGUUUCACUUUACCUCAUGCAACCUUAAAAAUAAAUUCUGAUACAUAAACAGGGAGUCAGAGGUUAAGUAGUGAAGGAUCAGAAUGUGUGAAGGUGCAUGUGUGGAUCACAUUGAUAUGCUGCCUGCUGGUUCUCCUUAAUUGGCAUAGAACUGAAAACUCAUUUCAAUGAAAAGGCCACCAGAGAGUGUACAGAUUUUUUUUUUUUUUUUUUUUUGGAAAAAUAACUCGACUUGCUCAGACAUCUCAUUUUGGAGCCACAAUAAAUGCAGUUGUAGCUCAGGUUGAGGACAUCAUAUGAAUCUAGACUCAGCUCCUUGAUAUAAGUGCUGUCCCUAGCAUAUUGAUUCCUGUUCCUAUAUUGGAGAAAUGGAGGCUUAUAUUGUAUUCCAUUACUCUUGGUACAACAGUUGACAUGGGAUUUUCUCAAGUAUAAAUAUCACUCAGAACAGAGUACUAUUGGCUAGUACAUUUCUUUUUACUGUCAACUAUUGCAAGGCAUUUGCAAACCUCUCAAUCAUUGUGUGGGGAAGGCAAAAAGUUGUGUUGUAAAUCUCCAUAUCUGACUGCCAGUUGCUCGUGUUGGCAAACAGUUUAAGUGCUUGACAUUCUUUUAGUCGAUCAGAUUUUUAACUGUCUGUUCGUAUUAUGUUAAAUCUUUGAAAUGCAUUAUAGAUUACAAGAUAGCAUACAUACUGUAACUUUGAAAAGAGAAAAAAAAAUGUGGGGGGUGGGAGUAUUAGCAUUCAUCAUUAUUAUAUUAUUAAUAUGAUAAAUGCAUAGCAUCUACAUUGUUUCAAAAUGUCUGCGUUUCAAGUAAUAAGGGUAAUAAAAAUCUUGAAUAAAGCA